AAUCAACUGUAAUUGUUUUUUUUUCUAAUUGGAAAUGAAAAAUUAAUGUAGAAGAAUAACAACAGUAGUAGAACAAGGAAUAAUCAUAGAAUCAUAAAACUGUUUCAAGUUAAAAAUUAAAAAUAAAUAACCAUGGCUGAUCCCACAGAACAUUUACUUGCAUUAAAAGUAAUGCGCCUAACACGUCCCACCUUGGUGAGUUCGCAAAUUGUUACGGCAGAGGGCAAGGAUUUACCCCAGAAUACGUUCGAAAAAAUACUUCAAGCCACCGCCACAACCGUGCAGGGCAGUGAAACCUUAGCGGCUGGACAGUUUAUGCUGCUGCCGCAAAGUUUCGGUAACAUCUACUUGGGGGAGACUUUCUCUAGUUACGUUUGUGUUCACAACUGCCGUGCCCAUCCCGUUAGUAAUGUUUCGGUUAAGGCCGAUUUGCAAUCGAACAAUACUAGAAUCAGUUUACCCAUCCACGUGGAUAAACCGGGACCAGUCACCCUGCACCCCGACGAGACACUGGAUGACGUGAUUCACCAUGAGGUGAAAGAAAUCGGGACGCAUAUAUUGGUAUGUGAGGUAUCGUACAUGACACCAGCCGGAUUGGAGACUUCCUUCCGUAAGUUCUUCAAAUUUCAAGUCGUUAAGCCAUUGGACGUUAAGACAAAGUUUUACAACGCGGAAACCGAUGAAGUUUACCUGGAGGCACAAAUACAGAACAUAACAGUAGGACCAAUCUGCCUGGAGAAGGUUGAACUCGAGAGUUCGGAACUGUAUACAGUAGUUUCGCUGAACAAUUUACCAUCUGGUGAAUCGGUGUUUUCGCAGCGAACUAUGCUGCAACCGCAGAACAGCUGUCAAUUUUUGUACUGCAUCAAACCUAUACCGGAAAUUAUGAACGAUCCGAAGGCGCUGAAGGCUGCCAACAAUAUUGGCAAGCUGGACAUUGUUUGGCGCUCGAAUCUGGGCGAACGUGGUCGCUUGCAAACAAGUCAGCUGCAGAGAAGUCCAAUCGAAUAUGGAGAUUUACGAUUGACGGUCAUUGAGGCCAAAAGUACGGUGAAAAUAAGUGAAGGUUUUGAUUUCAAAUGUCGGGUUACAAAUACCAGCGAUCGUUCCAUGGAUUUGGUGAUGAAUUUAAACACGAAAGCAAAGGUGGGAUGCGGUUACACAGGACAAACAGAGAUAAGUCUGGGCAAUCUGGAACCGGGCAAAUUCACAGACUUCAAGUUAACGGUUUGUCCGGUACGCUUGGGCUUGAUAACAAUUAGUAGUCUACAGCUCACCGACGUUUUUAUGAAGCGAAAAUAUGAGUUUGAUGAUUUUGUUCAAGUAUUUGUGGUGGACGAAGACUACCGGGAGGAUGAUUUCCAGUUGGACAAGUACGUUCGCUAUAGCGUUCCACAGUCAGUAUAAAGAGUACGUGAUAUUAGUUUUUGCGAAUUAAAAUGUUUAUUUUUGCACUUACUUGAGUACGAGCACUGUAAACUAAGGAAAUAAAUUGAUUUAGCAAAUUA